GCCCUGAAUCCGACUGCAGCGUCUAAAUGAAGUUCCUGCGCCAUGCAAUGUUCCUGGAAGGCUGUGAUUCUACUCGGCCUGGCAUCCAUCGCCAUCCAGUACACAGUGAUCAGGACGUUCACGUCCGAACCCUAUCAGAUCUGUCCCGUCCCGAGCCCUGUGAACUGUGGCCUGGCUCAGGAAUCAGAGACCUCAGAGCGCUAUUGUGACGAUUUCUCUUUUUUCUCGUAUAACACCUCUAAAUUAAAGACGCACAUCCUGAUCCUGGCCACGACUCGGAGUGGCUCAUCUUUUGCGGGCCAACUUUUCAACCAGCACUCGGAUGUAUUCUAUUUAUUUGAGCCACUUUAUCACGUUCAGAGCGCUCUACUCCCUCACCUCACACACAGCCGGUACACGUCGGAUCGCAGGGUGAUGCUCGGAGCGAGCCGCGACCUUCUGCGCAGCCUGUAUCACUGCGAUCUGUACUUCUUAGAGAGUUACAUCAAACCUCAGCCUGCCAAUCACAGCACGGACAAGCUUUUCCGCCGAGGAGCCAGCCGGGCACUUUGCUCUCCGCCUGUCUGUGAUGCUUUCAACCUUAACGACAUAAAUAUAGACGAGGGCGAGUGCGUCAGGAAGUGCGCGCUGCUCAACUUGAGCCUGGCAGCCGAGUCUUGCAAAGAAAGGCGGCACGUUGCAAUCAAGACGGUGCGGAUCCCAGAAGUAAGUGACCUCCGCGCCCUGGUAGAAGAUCCACGACUCAAUCUGAAGAUUAUCCAGCUGGUCCGGGAUCCACGGGGCAUUUUGGCGUCGCGUAUCGAGACUUUCAGGGACACGUAUCGUCUGUGGAGAAUAUGGAGGGCCACCGGGCGCAAACCAUACAACCUGGACCUUAGUCAGAUCACCACGGUCUGCGAUGACGUUCUCCGGUCGAUCAGCACAGGCUCCGAGCGUCCGGCGUGGCUCCGGGGACGCUACAUGCUGGUGCGAUACGAGGAUUUGGCACGCCGGCCUCUUCAAAAGACGCGUGAGAUCUACACCUUUCUCGGCUUGUCCAUGGAGAAAGGGGUAGAGGAGUGGAUUAGGAACAACACCAGAGGGAGCAACGAGGGCUUAGCAAAGCAUAAAUAUGGAACAGUGAGAGACUCUGCUGCCAACGCCGAGAGCUGGAGGCUUAAACUCUCGCAUGACAUUGUGGACUACACCCAGACAGUGUGUCAGCAGGUCUUGGAGGAACUCGGAUACAAAGCUGCAAAUUCACCCGAGGAGCUGAAGAACCUGUCCAUGUCGCUGAUCGAGGACAAAACGUUUGUACCUUUUUAGGGAGGGCUGGGGUUUACCUAUUUUUCUACAUUUCUAUGUUGCCUUAAUUAAAACGUUUGCACUAUGAACUUUUCAGUCACGAUACGAACAGCACAAUAACAAACCAAAAUACCCACAAGGAUGAAGAUCCACUGGGGAUCGACUUAUUACAGGACAGAAAUGACAGAUGUGUUAAUUAAGUUUACCAAUAAACACUAUUUGCUCCUUGUAUCCAGGCCAUUGCUCUGAUCAAGGUUUGUGGUUUGGGUGCAGGACUGAAACUACGUUUGAAAAUUCACAAAUGCACAUCCAUUUGCUAAUGAGGUCUGAAAUAAGAACACCAUGCAAUAAACUUGUGAAUGUUGCAGUCA